AUGUAUGUGUGUGUGUGUGUGUGUGUGUGUGUGUGUGUGUGUGAGUGCGUGCGCGCGCGCGUUGUGUGGUGUCGCGGUAGUGAUGAUGCAGUGCGGGGCGAGGAGGUGGUGCCGGGUGACAGAUCGCCGCCGACGCGCACCGCGUAGCCCGACAGGUUGGCCAACCGCGUGUCGACGACAAAUCGGUGGCCGACCGACCGUCCGCAUACGUUUGUCGCGGUGGCCGCCGCCGUCGUCUUCGCCUGUCGGCGGGCGACCGAUGGUGGUAACAGUGUUCGCCGUGCACACUCGACCGUCGUCGGACCGCCGCCGUCGUCCGACCGUAGUCCGUACGACUCGUGCACGACAUUCGGUUGUAGUCGCUGUCGUGAUCGCUGGGAACGCCGCGCGUUUUGUCGAUCGAUUAUCAACGAACUAGUCGGAGCACGCGAGGACCUCCGAACGGCUUCCCGAUGAUCGUGGCCAUGGAGAGGAAGCUGAUAUCGGAACUGAUCGACGAGUACAAGACAUGCACUUGCCUGUGGAGGAUCAAGGACCCUGAUUACAAGAACAAAGAGAUGAAGAACGAGGCGUAUGAGUCGCUGCUGCAGUUGAUAAAAAAAUAUAACGAGAGCUGUACAAUGGACGACCUAAAACGUAAAAUAGCCAAUCUGAGAACAUGUUACUUGAGGGAAUUCAAAAAAGUUAUGGACGCCAAGAGAUAUGGUGGAAUAUACGAGCCCAGUUUGUGGUAUUACAAAUCCUUGGAGUUCCUAAACGACCAGCAUCAUAGCGAAGACAGGGUGCGGUUGGGCCGCAGUUAUCCGGACAAUAGCGACGAAGAUAACGAGUCAAACGAGACACAAAACAUCUUGGUAUACGAGGACGUCGAUGACCGAGCCGGGUCCGAGGACAAGGAUUCGUGUUCCACCGAACCAGAGUACCAACAACCCUGUACGGCGACCAGCAAUAGCUUGCAGACCGUAUUGAGCGGCAGUGGCGGCGGAGAUGGUGUCAAGAGACCCAAAAGACGGCGACGGGUGUUGGACGUGCAGAACGGGCCGCCUACCAGAGCGUCGCAGCCUCCGCCGCCGCCACCGGACCGGUACUCGAGCGGUACCACCGGAGCCGCCGACUUUUACGAACCGCAGAUAUUGGGCGGAGUGGGCGGCGACCCGGCCGAACCGCCGGUGGCCGACUACUACGACGGUUUCGGCCGGUACGCGGCCAACGAGCUCCGGCAGAUGGACAGGCAGUCGGUGAUCAUCGCCAAGCGGCUGGUCAACGAAGUGCUGUUCCUGGGCCAGAUGGGCAUGUUGAACGUCAACACGAGGAUAGAAACGCCGACGACCGGCCGUCGGAAGAACGCGUCGUCCGUGUCGGCCGCGUGCAAGUCGGAAACGCACAACCGUAAGCACCGUCGCCGACCGCAUCGCGACGAUGACGAGGACGACGACGACGGCAUCGACGACGUGGACGAACACGGCCACGACAACGGUGGACGUGAGUCUUCGUCGUCGCCAAUGCCACCCGUCGAGUUCAUGGAGACUUCGUGAUACGCCGCGGAAAACGGACGGCCGUUCGACUAGCAAUAAUCUGCACACUGCACGCGCGUAGCCGAUAUCCACUUCCGCAAACACCGCGACGACUGAACUCGAUUUUAAGACGCCGUCUUACUCGUGGAGAGUAAAUUGCGGUUCGUAUUGAUGUACGGCGUGUAUUCAUUAAUUAUAUUAUGUCUACCUAUAUGCAUAAUAAUAAGUAUUAAUAAUUGUGUAUAUUAUUUGUAAAAAUUAUUCAUAAGACUAUAUUAUUGAUUAUGCUGUGCGUUCCGUUCGUGUGUCGAGGCGGUGGGAUGCGUCUCGAUGUAUUUUUAUGUAUUACGAUUUAAAUACAAUAUAUUUUUUUUAAUUUAAAAAAUAUUGUUUUCUAAGAUUUUUAUCAUUUGGACUACAGCUUAUAAUAAUAGUUCAAAGAGUUAAUUUAAAAUACAGUAAACUAAUACAUCAUAAUAAUAAAUUAAAUUAUUUGUCUACAUAUUGUAACUACACUUAAAACUUUGAAAGUUAUACUUGUUGUUCGAUAAUUAAUAUACACAUAUGUAAUUUAAACGUUCCUAAUAAUUAUUGACUUUACUCGAAUCGAUCGAAUUUAUUAUUUCCAUAACCUUUUCUUUCACCGAGGAGCUACAUUUAUUUAAGUGCCGUCUAGUAUUCGACGAGCCCGCGUACAACUACACAAAUCUCGCACAUCAUCAAACUCGUGGAUAACGAUAUUCGACGUGUACAAUACAUCGGAAACUGCAAUUUUGUCCGCUAUUCGGAAGGUUCAGUUUGCUGUUUUUUUUUCAAAAACCCUUCUGUUAUUUGGAUCCAAGGU